AUGCGCGCGGAAGCAGCCCUCCUCGCGGCGCUAUUCAGCACGGCUCAGGCGCUGCAUCAAUUCGCGCCUCGUUCACUCAACGAGAGCGCUGCUAGCGAUGCGACGCCCAAGAGAUACAUCGUCGAGCUGAAGUCACGCGCACACGGAUCGCGCGUGGCUUCCAAGGCUUCGUCUGGGCUGCCCGGGCUUCGAGUCGUGAAGCAGUUUGACUCAGACAUCUUCCCCGGAAUCGCCGUCGAAUGCGACCAUGGCUGCACGGCCGAGUCUAUCCAGAGCUCGCUUGAUGGGUCCGAUGACGAGCCUGUUGUCGCUUCUGUCUACAAGUCUCAGAUGUUGCAGCUGCUCCCGACCGUGGAAGGCGAGUCAUUCAGCGACGAUGCGGCUGCGGUGAACUACUCGGUCCACGGCCUCACUGGCGUUCAGAACCUACAUGAGGACGGAAUCCUGGGCGAAGGCGCCGUUGUCGCAAUCGUUGACAGCGGUGUCCAGUACACCCACCCGGCACUCGGAGGAGGCCUCGGUGAUAACUACACGGUGAUCGGUGGUUACGAUCUUGUCGGUGAUGCGUGGCCUGACGCGCCCGCACAGCCCGACAACGAUCCCAUGGACAGAUACGGACACGGCACGCACGUGGCCGGCAUCAUCGCGGGACAAAGUGAUCAAUUCGUCGGGGUUGCACCCAAGUCCAAGCUUCUCUCAUUCAAAGUCUUUGGUAGCAGCGGCUACUCGAAUGAGGAGACUGUCAUUGAAGGCUUCUUGAAGGCUUUCGACUCAGGGGCAGACAUCAUCAGCGCUAGCGUUGGCGAAGGCAGCGGCUUCACCAACAAUGCCCUCGCUGUGGUGGCAUCCAGGAUCGUCGAUAAUGGCGUCGUCGUCGUUUUCGCUGCCGGCAACUCAGGACAGGAUGGUCCCUUCUCUAUGGCCAACGGCGCCUCAGGGAAGCAUGUCUUGACAGUUGCCUCGAGCGAUCCUGGUGUUUUCCCCGCGCAGGCCUUUUCCGCCAACUUCAACCUCGAUGGAAACUCCAAUAAUACCGAAGUCGCUUACGUCCCGGGCUCAGGGUUCUUCCCGGAUACCAUCGUCGAUUGGCCGAUCAAGCCGAUCACCUUGAACGCUUCCGUUGAGAACGAUGCCUGCCAGCCUUUGCCCGCGGAUACCCCUCAGUUGAACGAAACUGUAGUUCUGGUGAGACUUGGCGGUUGCACCGUGUCGACCAAGCAUACCAAUGUGGCUGCCUUUGGCGCGCAGUACAUUCUCUUCUACAACAACCUGGACAUCUACCAGAGCCCUGUCAGUUCGAACCGCGUUGGUCUCACUGGGGCCAUCGAGGGUAGCGCCGGCGAGGCUAUCGUUUCCACCAUCCUAGCCGGCGGCAACGUGACAGCUUCUUUCAAUAUUGACACAGCUCACUAUGUCGGUAUCCGGAACGCUGGCGGUGGACGGCCCGCUCUGUACUCCUCCUGGGGUAGUACCUAUGAUCUUGCUCUCAAACCCGAUGUGUCCGGCCCGGGCACCAAGAUUCUCAGUACCUAUCCGACAAAUGAGUAUCGUGUUCUCAGUGGCACAAGCAUGGCAACUCCUUACUUAUCCGGCAUUGCUGCUUUGUGGGUUGGCAAGUUUGGCGGAAGGUCGGCGCAUAAAGAUGACCCUGAAUGGGCGAAGCGCCUCAUCGCUCGCAUCACGACCACUGCCCGCGCCGUCCCCUGGGCGGACUGGGCUACCAGCGUCACUGACUAUGGUUUCUGGGCCCCAACUACUCAAGUGGGAGGCGGCCUUGUUGACGCCGAGAGAGUUUUGGGCUACACAACUGAGCUUAGCUUUGACGGCCGCAAGUUUGAGUUGAAUGACACAGUCCACUUCACCGGCACGCACUCUGUUGAUAUCACGAACCAGGGCUCGGAAUCAGUCACCUACAAGUUUUCACUUCAGGACGCGGGUGGCUACGAGUCUUACGAGCCUUCAGUACCUGGUCAGCAACAGACUUUUAUUCCAGCGAUUCCGCUCUAUCCGGAGAUCAACCCCGUCAAAAUGACGCCUGAUGUUGCCUUGCCUGCGGAGGUUGCUGUUGGACCGGGAGAGACAAAGACUGUGGAGUUUACUUUCAAGGUACCCGAAGGUGUCAAUGCUACCAAGCUUCCAGUUUACAGCGGAAAGGUGCUCGUAAGUGGAAGCAAUGGCGAGGAACUUGGUGUCCCGUAUUUUGGUGUCGCCACCGACUUGAGACAGACCAUCGAAAAUGUCUGGGCCUACGGUUGGAGCCUUCCAAACUUGGUUUCAGGAGUCAACAGCGUCAGGCUUGAGCAAAAGUCCAACUUCACAUUCAACCUUACACGGGAGCAACAGGACUUCCCAAAGCUCACCACGCGCCUCAUCUGGGGUACCGAGGAAUUACGUUGGGACAUUUUCCACGGCAACUACUCCGAAGCCGAAUGGUCCUAUCCUCCCGUUGUUGGUGAGAAGGGCUUCGUAGGCUCAGCCACCAGCUGGAACGGCACCGCAAGCUCUUCUUGGUUCAUCCCCGGCGAGGACAGCGAAGAUGACAUCUUCACGUUCCCCCUCUAUACUCAACCAGGAGGCCGAAAUGGUAUUUAUUACUGGCUGGGAAGAUACGCCAAUGGGUCCCAAGUGCUGCCUGGAUCAUACACUUUCCGGAUCGCAGCUCUGCGACCCUUUGGUGUACGCGAGGUCGCUGAGGACUGGGACAUUUGGAAGACCCCCGCCAUCACUGUGUUGCCAGGAAGCACAUUUGAGGUCUAG